AUGGCCGAGGCGACUGUUGUACAAGAAUCGCUUUGCUUUUAUGGUUUUGAGGUUGAUGGAGUGGAUAUUAUUUCUAUAGAUGCCAUUUCGAAGUUGGAGGAGGCUUUGGUGAUAAAUCCUGCCAAGGCUGACUCCUUAUGGUACAUUGGAAAUGCUAAUACCUCUUAUGCAAUUCUGACUCCUGACCUUGUUGAGGCAAAAGAGUAUUUCGACAAGGCAUCUGAUUACUUCCAACAAGCUGUAGACGAGGAACCCAGUAACGACCCUUAUCACAAAUCUCUAGAAGUCACUGCAAAGAGCUGCACAUGGAGAUUCAUGAGCGUGGAAUCAGUCAACAAACUAUGGUGGAGGGUCUUCUGCUUCUUCAAAUGCAAAGGGUUCCAAGAAGAAUAAGAAGAGUAGUGAUUUGAAAUAUGACAUUUUUGGAUGGAUAAUCCUUGUAGUUGGAAUUGUUACAUUGGUGGGAAUGGCAAGAUCCCAUGGUUCUCCACCUUCAAGAUAAGCCAUAAAGUAAAUGCCAAAUGCUUUUGGGUGUUGAUCAAACAAUUCUGACAGGAUGUCACGUAGUUGAUUGAGUUCUGCAUUUUUAUCGAAGGUGGUCAUUGUAACUGAACUGCUCUUGGUGUUAGGCUAGCAGCAGGAUUCUUCUUGUAUAAUCUUGAAGUUCACAUAUAGUGUGUGGUGAAUCUUGUUACAUAUGACGAUGUGGAAUAUAUUUCUAAGAGGCAGUGGAGAUCAAAUUCAAGGAUUAUCUAAGCUACUUCAGGACCAGGCCCACCACUUUCUCUUAAAUCUUAAUGGAAUCAAGUGCUGGAUAAAGCUGGCAAAUUCAGAGUGGAUGCCUUUCUAUUAGUGGAAACAAAUCUCAAAAGAGAAUGAGAGAGAUAUGUUCUUUAAAACACCAGAUAGUGGGAACAAAUUCCUAGAUAUGUUGUUAGGAAGUAGCAUGAUAAUGUUAAAUUAAUAGAAGUUUACAAGGCAUUCCACUUUGAUUAGUUUUUAUAAGGAUUUCUUG